AUGAGCUCCGACAAGAACGACGACAAAUCUAUCAGUUUGACUUCCAUUUUUAUGAAACUCGUGGGAUUAUGGAUGGCGAGUAACCGAUCCGAGCAACGCGUUAGAGAUAUUACAGUGGGUUACACGUUGAUCGCGAUCCUCUUCGCUAUAUGGGUGCAAUUCACGGACAUGUAUUACUCGUGGGGCGACUUUAGUGCCUGUCUUUUUACUGCAUGCAAUAUGUUGUCGUUAACGAUGCCGUUUAUCAAGAUACUCGUUCUGCUCGCUCACAAAGAGGAUUUUUUUCGUUUAAUUUUGUACCUACAGCGAAAAUUUUUGCACGCAGAUUACGACAGCUACGAAAGACAAAUUGUGAUCGGUUUUAAACGAAAAUGUACAUUUUUUAUUUAUUUCUUCACACUUUUCACUUUGGCCACUGUUGUUUCUUAUAUUGUUAAUCCACUUAUCGCAAAUAUUGGAAAAAAUGAGUCAGACAGAGUACUUCCGUUCAACAUGUGGGUGGACUUGCCACUGACUACAACGCCAUACUAUGAAAUAAUAUUCGUUCUACAGGUUUUGUCUUUAUAUCAUAUUGGAAUAAGUUACUUUUGCUUCGAUAACUUCUUGUGCAUUAUAAAUCUACACGUAGCUGGUCAGUUUCAAAUAUUGCAAUAUAGAAUCACAAAUAUGCCGGAUUUAAUGUACAAAGGGAAACAAAGGAAGAACGAAGUAUCAUACAAGGAAUCGACAAGUUUUGCAGACGAUUGUUAUACCAUUUUUAAGAAAUAUAUUCGACAACACCAAAUACUCAUAGCGUAUUGCGAGAAAUUAGAAGAGGUAUUCAAUUGGAUCAUUCUAGAGCAAGUACUGAUGUUCAGUUUGUUAAUCUGCCUCGAUGGAUAUCAAGUUCUUCUGGCAGACGCACCUACAAGGACACGUUUAAUCUUCACCUUUCACAUAACAGGAUGUUUAUGCCAAUUACUGAUGUUCACUUACAGUUGCGACUGUAUCAUGCGCGAAAGUAUGAGCGUAGCCACUGCAGCGUAUAAAGCACCUUGGCCACUCUUGUCAAUGACUACAAGCGGAAGAAUGAUGCGGAAGGAUUUGACUCUCGUUAUCAUGAGAUCCAGCAUACCUUGUUGCUUAACAGGCAGAGGUUUCUUCAUUGUGUCACUAGAAACAUACACUAACGUUUUAAGUACAGCAGCAUCAUACUUUACAUUAUUAAAACAACGUACCGUUUCGUGAUAUAUAUUAAUUGUGACACACAUAGUGUAAACGUUUAUAUGCUAUAAAUUAAAUUGAUUAGAAAAGAAUAUAAUUUUAUACUGAUAAAAUCAAUUAAUCAGCUUUCAUUAGAUACAUCUACAUAAGAUGUACGUAAUCUAAUCGUACUAAAAUUUAUUAAGUAUUCUUUCAAACUUACAC